AAAAACAAAAUUUAAGGAGAAAAAGAGAGAGAGAAAUGGCCACUAAUAAGAAGUUUUUUGCAGUAUUUGUGCUUUGUAUGGUUGUACUCUCCGUCUUAACGUUUACUAGGGUGGAAGCUGAUGAUGAAGAAUACGAAAAGUGCAAAGAAAAAUGUGAAACCGAAUGCAAGGGUGAGGGUGACGGGGACACCGUGUGCGCGAUGAAAUGUGACACUAGUUGUGGUGCCAAUGUUGUCAAAGAUAAAGUUAGUGGCAUGAUGUCGUAGAGAUCGAGUUAAACUCUGCCGGUGGGAGAGUUCUACUGACCAAAGAGAAUAAAUAAUCUCUAUAGCUGAGAGAGAUGGAUGAAUACUUGGAGUAGAGGAGAUGAAUCGAAAUCUGUAUGUUCUUACACGACCAAGGGAAUAUAAUAUAUGGUUUUUUGAUGUUUUUUAAUUUUCUCACAAUCGCUUUGUAAGAUAUCAUCUCGA